UGUGCUUUGUAGAGCCAGCGGGAUGGAUGAGCAUGAAGCUGCAGCGCAGAGAAUGGAGCAGAAGUGCUUUGCCGACACCGGGCAAUCUUUGCUGGACCUGCCAGACAUUGUGUUGCUCAAAAUUUGCCAAAAGCUGUCAGACCCGUUUGAUCUGAUGAGCCUUGGGAGCACCUGCCGCUAUCUGCACGAGUUCACUUCAAGCAAGUCCCUGUGGAUGCACACAGCUCUGUCAUGGUGCCAGGGCAUGUGGCAUUGCCUUCCCAACAAAGCUUACUCUGGGCCAGAGGAUCCCAAGCAGUGGUUGUUCCAUCUGCUGCGGCUGUGUAUGAAAGAACGAUCAUCGAACAGGGAGCGCUUACUGUUUGAGAAUCACGAGAUAUGGGACAGGAUACGGGAUAAUCACUUUGCCUGCAAGGUUAGCAUGCUGGGCUGGACAUACAAGGCCAUCAACGAGAAGGUGUCCCCAUUCGUUCUGCGGCGUCUUUGGCUCUAUGACAUGGCCCUAUACAGGCGGCAAUGCCCCAAGAUGGAUUUCACCCAACCAGGACUUGUGCUCAGUCCAGUGUGCGUCUCCCAGCUGGCCAGCUUGGGCAGGGCCCAGGAAUAUGACCUCCGGGGUCGAAAGCAGCCUUAUGUUGACGCUUAUCACUACGUGACAUUAUGCUUUUCAAGCGUAAGUUGGAGUGAAAAGCUGUUUUCCCGCAGCCCAGCAGGGAGCAUUUGCCCAAUGUUGGUGUGCCCCUCCAGGGAUGGUUACGCUUUGGAGUCCUCGGGUACUGACGGGCUUGUGACCUGCGUGUCGUACGUGCUCGAGCGGCAUCUUGCUCGUGCCUGCCUUAGAGGACGAGAAACAGUUGUACGGAUGGCCGCCAAGAUCCAGCAGGCAUGCAAGGCCUUGCGAUAUGCCUACGGUAACCAUGCACUGGAGGCGCGUGCGAAGUGGCCAAACUGCACUGUGGCCAACGCCAUCAUCAACAUGUCCGAACAGGGCUGGCCUGAUUUGGCUUCCUGGCAGACUGACCUUGAUCCAAUGGGCCUGCACUGGAGAGAAGUGAUAUCUGAGUGUGCUGCAUUGCUGAAAGAGCACGGAACGCUGGAUGCCAUCGUUGACAAGGCGAGGAUUCGGUGGAGGCGUUCCUUGCUGUUCGACAUCGAAGGUGUGCUUGGACGCAGCGGCACGACGACUGUUACAAGGAUCAACCUUACAGACUGCGAUGCAAUGGGUGGCGACAAUACACGGCAGGAUAUGGCUGCAGCUGCAUUUGUGUCGCCUUCCGGCGUCUUAGUGACAUGGCAACUUCUUGGCAAGGGUUCCUACUGAGCAUGCACGAGCUCAACAUGCGCACAUGCUCAUGAGCAUCUAAACAAAGAGGAGGAUAACAUUAAGCAGAAGCUUUAGCUCGAGGCCAACUCCGAUAUCACUAUUCAAACACAUGUAAAACGCAGAAAUGCUCCCAUUAGACAAACGAUGGAUAGAUCUGAAUGAAAUUUGUUGCGUUUAAGAAAGAAAGUGCCUUUAUAAAUUGUAGAAAGCCUAGAAUUUUUUUCCAAACAUUGCCGAAAAGCAGUAGGUUUCAAGAAAAUGGAAGCAUGAAGUUUGUAAAUCCAUAACUCUGUACCAAAGACACAUACCACAGGUCUGUAAUCUGCACCUCUUAAAGCAUAUGAAGCAGGCAAAUGCUAUAUACAUAUAUGUAUAUUUGCAGGUAAUCUCAAAUUAAUACAAUGCUUGCGAGAAUUUUGCAUCAGUAAUAGUCGCAACUUAUUGGUAUGCGUAUUAUGCAGUGGUGUAUAAUAUAAUUUUGUCUUCUGUCGAUGUUUCUAUAGACCUUUUCACUGAUUACACACAUAGGCCCUGCACGACUUACGGUUUUGCCCACUGACGUAGCUGCUAAAUGUGACUGGCAAAGAAGCAACCAUGCGUUAAAACAUAGCAUACUGUUCAGGCACGUGACCGGAAGUUUCUUGGGGGCUUCACGCUAGCUGCUGUUAUCGCGAGCAUGAAACCGUCUGUAGGUGCACCUUACAGAAUUGUGACAGACAAAGAACUUUAUUCACAAGGUAAGAUAAUUUUUUAUUGCUGAGUUAGGGUUGUAAACGAUUUGUUUUUACAGCGAGAGCUGUAUAUGGCUAGGCGAAACAAUAAGCCGUUCGGCCCAUGUUUUGCUAAACGUCUCCAUUGGCUGCUCCGUCAGUUACGUCGUUCUCUACAUUGCACCCAAGCGCGUGCACGCCAUUGGCAGCGCCAGUUAGUGACGUCGUUCUCUGCGUCGUACCUGCUCUGCCCGCAACGCCGGCUCCUCGGCUCGCCGUUGUUGCAUGCAUUCGAUAUCUCGAGUUAGCUCAGCGCCGUUAGCAGCAUCCGCCCGCCAUUGGCGCUUGUGUUCCACUUCGCGAUUUCAACGUGGACGUUUCGUCGCAGCCAAAGCCAAAGUGCCGCUCGAGAAACUCCCGCCGAAAGCGGGCGUUGGCCCCGGUGAAUGCGUUCCCGCCAUUGCCACGUUGACGCUGCUCUGCCCACAACUUCGUCUCAUCGGCUCGCCGUUGUCACAUGCGUUCGAUAUCUCAAGUUAGCUCGGCAUCGUGUUUAGCAGCAUCCGCCCACCAUUGGCGCUUGCGUUCCACUAGAAACAGAAACAUGUAAACAAUAAUUCAGAAACGCUUCAAUACAGCAUCAGGAUUCACCCACUGCUAAACACCGGGGCCGCACAUUUCAGCUUUGCUGGUUAACCAUCCGUACGGAGUGCUUGGGUGGUGUUUUUUUUUUUUUUUUUAAUGAGCAAUAACAGUCAAUAAGCUGAGUAAAAAAAAAUUGCAUAUGUAAAGGUCUGGUCACUACAGUGGCGUAUUUUUUUAGUUUUAAAAGAAACUAACUUCGUCAAAUUGGUGCAGUUGUUGUCAGGAAGAAAUGAUUUCGUCAUUUCCAUGAAUUGAGAUAGGAACUUCUGAGCUGAAGCUACCUCAGAAGUUUCUUCAGCUUUAGCUUCGGGCAAACUCUGAUUUGCCUUUGUUCCAAGCACAUGUAAAACUGAAAAAAGGUCUUAGUAAGCUGCCAUAGAAGUGAUUUGAAUUAUAGUUGCUGCAUUUAGCAAGAAUGUAAUUAGAUCAAACAAAAUCUUGAUUUAGACUUUCAAUAUGUUUAAAAAUUGCAAAAAAAAAAAAUGGUAAUAUAAGAAAUUUACAGCCCUUGUGAUUCAGCUACAAAAGCAGAUGUAUCACAGUUCAGUAAACUAUCAAUUACAGUGUCUAAAGCAUACAAAUAUGAUAUUAAUAUACAGGUAGACAGCUUACACAACACUGUUACAUUGCUUAUCCUGGUUUUGUCGUAAUUUAAUAGUUGCUGGUAAUAUUUCAAAGCGUUGUAUACUAUAUAAACUUUGUGCAUUUUGGAAUUCAUAAUCAGCACAGUUUUCAGUUUAGUGUUACUUCAUUUUGCUGUAAGGUUGCAGAGCUGUAAGCUUUGAUGCUCCAUACUUUUCAAAAUUUUCUGACAUUUGGCAAUCUUUCUUGAAACAUUGAAGGCCUAAAUGAAAAGCCUGCUUCCAACAGUCUGUAUAUUUUAACUUUCCCGUAUAAAUGUAGGAAACCGCAUCAAAAUUUGUUCAGUCCAUGCCGAGUUGCGAAUUUAGAUAGAGGCUGCUUAGGUGAAGCUCCUUAGGUGAAUGGAGAAAUCGUAUUGCUUCUCAUUCACUGCACCGAUUUUGAUGCUUGUUGCAAUUAAAGAGAGCAAAAAUCUAGUGACUGCAGGAAGCAGAUCUUUUAUUUAGGUCUUAAAUUUUUAAAGAAAAAUUGUUAAAAUUGCAAAAUCUAAAAAAAAACUCGAGGACGAAGUUUUCAACUGUCAAAUUCUCUAAUAAAACAAUAUCACAAUUUGGCAAACUGCAAUUAAAGGGACCCGGAAACACUUUUUGAACAUAGUAAGAAAACAUUGCCAGUCUUUUAAUGAGGCUCCUGUGAACAUGUGAGCCAAAUAUUGCACUGCGUGCAGCAGGGAAUUUACAAUCUUGUGUCAAAAGCAGUGAAAAAUCGCUUGCUCUUGCUUCUGCAAUGUCGUUGCGCAGCGUCAUCGCAAGCAGCUAGACCUAUAACAGUUAUUGACCGACUUCAUGAUUGCGAAAAUAUUCUCAGUAAUACAGUUAUUGCUCAUUUGAGUUAAAUGUAAUUGAAAAAUUUGUAUGUCUGCGAUCUCAAAAAGACAGAAAAGGGAUUUCAUUUUUGCACUGCCGGUCUAAAAACGACAAUUGUGCUUUGCUGCAACUGCUGCGUGCAGCAUAGCGUAGACACCGCAGCUGCCACAGGUGGCCGUCACAAGUCGUCACGCGUCUUAUCUUUGGGCAGCGCUAGCGGGACACUGCUCCUUUACGCCCCUUUGCUGUCUCCCCUGUAUAGCUUCCAGCGCGCUAGUGUAAAUGAAAGAAGGGAGAUAGCCACUGAUUGGUCGAUAACUGUCUAACUUCGUUUGUGCUUGAACGAUUAGAAAAAAAAUCUUGCGGCAGGAGAUUCACGAGGCGACGUAAUAGUGAUGUCAUUCUAUGAUUAGUUAGAAGAGUGUUGCAGGCCCCAUUUAGUAAUAGAUAUAUAGUGGAGAAAAUUGAUGUAUUAUGCACUAAUCUUAAAUAUACUGCUAAUUUGUGAGUAGGGCUUUAGCAAUAUUCUUAGAAAUCUUGUGACAAUUCCUGUAAGCUUUAAAUUCAUAUUUGAACUUACUGAUUUCCGGCAAUUUAAAAAAAAAUAAUGUGAGGUCUUAAAUCAAAACUCCACUUCCUACCGAUGGUCGAAUUUAAGUUUUUCACUGAAAUGCAACAAAUUCCAUUCAAGUUGGUCCAACAUUUGUCUAACCCCUGUGACUGCAAUGACAUCCACUGGAUAUGCUAUGGGCAGCCACUGCCAGGAUGUGGAUAUCCUAGGGAUGUGUCGCACAGGUCUUGUGGACAUCCUUCACAAAAUAGUUUGGCCUCACUUCUUGUGUCCUUUGGACAUUCCUUGCAUGUCCACGAGGGGCAUCCGGGGACAUGCUGUGUACAUUUUACAGGCAUGUCGGGGCCUUUUGCGCAGUGUUUGCUAUAAUGUCUUCAGCACACACUGUGUGACAGAUACAAUGGGCAGAGCACCCUCGCAUCAAGAAUAGAUAGGUUGCGUGCACACCUUAUGCGUGCACGUAUGCAUGUAGAGGUGCAUUAUACCCCUCAUUCUUCUCCCACCAAGCACAAGCGGCCUAUUGAACUAACUGAAGUUUUCAAGGUAUAAUGUCAGAAAAUUUGCAAUGUAUGACCUACACACAAGCCGCAGACUGAUAGCUUCGAAUUGUAAUUCGAAUUUAUGAGAAAACAUCAUUCUCUUAUUAAGAAACUCGAAGGCAAAGCUUUUUGGAUGACAGUCUACUCACGUGUAAGCUGAAAAAGGUCGAUGUGCAAUAUCCUUGGGACGUUUGUGGUGGGAUAUUCUAAAAAAUGGACAUCCAUUGGAUGUCCUAUUUGUCUCCAAAAUGGUGCACUGACAUUGGCGCAUGAUUUGGAUGUCCUACGGACGAAGUUUUUUUAACUGGGAUGAGGGCAUGUCUGCGUAUUACAUGUGUUUUAGCUUGUCUAUUUUAUAUUUACGUAUUAACCCUUUAUGGAACACCUGGUCACCGGACACAUAAAUGGCAGCAACGAUGCUGGUAACGGCAUCUUGUGAUGUUUUGGCCAACCACAGCAUGUUAGAAAAGUUUUUGUUACGUGGAUCUUCUCAUUGAAGGAAAGUGAAAAGAGACUACAUGCUAAUGAUUACGUCGCUGCCGGCACUUUACACCAGUAGCUAAAUAGGAUGUGGUUGGCCACUGCAAUGGUAGCUUUUGUUAAAGCCUGUGCCACAAGGUGGCGCCACGAAUGUGGCUGCUCACAUCUAUGACUCCAGUAACCCGUGUAUGGUAAUAAUGCAUACAGGAAAAGCGAAAACUCUCUAUCACAUAGUUUCUCACUAUAUUAGCUAGACUGAAAACUGGCGCUGCUGCGCUGUGGUAUCCAUGGGAAUGCCGGUAUAUUGUGACUUCGGAUUGGCAUCGUUCUUGGAGAGCCAGAACACCUUGAAGACGCGCCUGGCUAGCACCGUUCCGUCUGUCACAAUGAUUAAUUUCCUGCUAAGACAGCACGUAAAAAACUGAUUUAGCUUUAUUAUUACACAAAAAAAAAUGUUUUGUUCAAUUUUGAGGACUUGCUAUUGGACGCACAAUUAUAUGAAACGUAAAAAGUAUCAGCUGGCCGCUAAAGUUGGAGGGCAGACGACAAGAUUAUCGCUCGCCAUGGAACAACUUGUCGUCUGUUCUUACUUUUCUUUGCUUGAUUCUGCAUUGUAGGUGAGUAAACUUUAUUGAGAGAUGUAAUAUGGGUGAAUGAAAGCCUUUUAUGUAGAUUUUACUUUAAGAACGCAUAUUUGUGUAGCCAUAUCCACGUUUUAGACGAAGUCUCGUUCAACACCAGCCAACACAAGCCUCACAGACACAUAUCCCGUCAUUCCCAUGAGGGCACGGCGCCCUUUAAGAAACUCGCAUAGACUGUGGCGCCAGUUUACCCUCUAGGUGUUAUAGUGAGAAACUCUAUGCUCUCUAUUACCUUCUCAUCCAAAGCAGAUGCAACAAAAUUAGUUUCGCAAGCAAGUUUCACACCAGCUUUAUUUUUGUGUUUGCAUUGUUGUUGGGUGGGUUGGCAAGACACUGUGUACUCGUGUGCGAGUGUGAAAUGACCUCUCAUUGAGGAAUGCCCUUCACUGCAAUGAGACAUUACGCUGGAUGUAACAUUGUUGUUCAUAAGUGAAGGUGUUUUUUUUUUUUUUUGAGAGCAUACCAGAGAUGAAUGUUCCUCCCAGGUAUGAAGCGAGGACGGUGUCCAUUUUUCGACUUGAUAUAGAAAAUGUUUUUGUUGUUGUUGCUACAGUUGUAUUUUGAGGUUUCUGUUAGUUGCUUUUAAGCUAGGCUGGCUUUGAUUGCAGGGGUAGCACUACAUGAAACUAGUAAGUUCUGCAGUUGCAUGAACGUACAAGUUCAACACGAUUGACAGGUCUUUUAAUAUUAGAAGGCCUUUGUUUCCAUAAAUGGAACAGUGUUAAAUGUUCUGAAGGUGAAAGUCCAUACUUGACAAAAAAAUUUUUCACUACAUGCAGCAACAGUCUCACCUUUUGUAGAGAAAAUUGAGCAUGGUUGACUCUGCUGCACAUGACUUUGUGUUUGUGUGACAAAUUACUGCCUUGAAACAACAGUCAUCCUAUGUGCUGUUGCUUACAGAAGUGUUUGGAACACAGGUGCCAUGGAAAAAUGGGGCCCACCUCAUUGACAAAUAAUAUUGAAAACGACAGCCUUGGCACUUGCUGAGCCGAGAUUUGUUUACAGCAAUGCACAAAUGUGCAGCCAAUUGUUCAAUCUGCUAAUAACCACUGACACUUUUUUUGUUCAUAAGCUUUUUGCACAUAGGCUUGCACUGCGAAAAUUAGGUGCCUGUGCUACGUCUAUGGCUUUUGCAGCACAAGCGCUCAUCCUCAUUGAAAACGCUGGUGGUUAUUGGCUAAAACGGCGCAGGCUAAGUGCUUUUACCAUUGGCCACACGUUCGCUUGUUGCUAUUCACAGCUCGUAAAUUCUGUACAGCCUACAGCAGGGGGACCUACAUUGUAUCACGUGUGUGGCCUAUACUGCUAAUCUAAUUAAGAUUGUGUUGUGGCAAUAGUUUCGCAAAUUGCAGCUUGCUCGGGGCGCAGAGGCCUCUCAGCACAGACGCGACGUGCACAGCAUUUCACUCGGAGAAAUGUACUGUUAUUAAAUGCUUACCAGUGUUUUAUUUUAGUGCACGUCAUGUCACAUCAUUAUUUUCAUGCUCUCUCUACCACACCUUGUGAUAACUCCAGGCAUGGCUGGACUUGAGGUGUUCCUGGGCUCGAGGUUCUGGAAUUUCACCAAUGGAACUUGCCCCGAGAUUGUUUUCAUUCGUUGUGGCUUUGCAUCAUCUAGAAACCCUCUGUGCAGUAAUUUUCAUACAUGGACAGAUCCGUGCUUGAGAAAGCAACACAGAUUACUAUGUCAGUGUUUUCUGCUGGUUCUUGCUUUGCUUUUGACUUUUGUUCACAAAAUUUGGUGGUUUGUGUGUGACCAACACCCCUUUGUUAUUUAUCUUUUUAACUAAACAAGGGAAUGGUUUGAGAGCCAGGCACCUGGUGCUACCAACAAUGAGCGUUGAGCUUGAGUGGAUGACAAAACAUUGAUGUCUUCAGAUUCAUUGCGAGUGUCUCUGUGCUGCUGGGGAGAGGGAGGGGCACAGUUUUCAGUUCAGUUUUGCCAUGUUAACUAUCUUGGUGCUUGUAAGGCAUCUGAUACCCACAUGUGGUAGCCCAGUGGUUGCGACGUUGCACUGUAAAGCACGAGGUCAUGAGAUCAGAUCCCGGCCGCGGCGGCUGCAUUUUGAUGGGGACGAAGUGCAGAAACGCCCAAGUGCCAUGCAUUGGGUGCACGCUAAAGGACCCGAGGUGGUCAGAUAUAAUCGAAUCCCCCACUAUGGAAUGCCUCAUAUUUAGAUUGUAGUUUUGCCACGUAAAACCACAGAAUUAAAUUUUCUUUUUAGUAAGGCAUCUGGUCCCUUUAGCAACAGUCAGCUGGGUCUCCUCAGUCAAACUCAGUCUGUGCUGUCCACAACAAAAGCCAAGUGACUCUCUUUUUUUUUUUUUUUCACCAAGUAUUGUGCCCUCAAAUUUCUGAAAAUGCUUUAUUUUUACUGGUCUGAACCUGCUUUAGCUUUGUACGAGUUGCGUAGGCAUUUUUUUUUUCUUUUUUUGCAUCUCUUUUUUUCUUUGUGUUGCAGCUGAUAUGAAGGCAACUCAGGGACAAGCUUUCAAAUGAAGUGUUUAUUAGGAACACUAUCCUUGUCUCUAACAAACCUGCACCAGGGCUGGUUGCCAAGCCUGGAAUUUUCAAUGAAACCUAAAAAUUGACAACAGUGGACUAAGGGAUUUGAUGGUCAAAUUUGAUUCCUCUUCUUUCAUCUGGGCUGAAAGGUGUCCUCUUUGCCAGUUCUUGUCCAUCUCCUUUAGUGCUGUAAUACGGAGAAGUCGCACUGCAAUCCACGUAUUGCCAUGUCCUAUUCUGUGAGCAGGAUUCCAUGCAAGCAUUUACUUCAGCGCGACUGUGUCGCAAAUUGCUUGGCAAAAUUCAGUGUACGUAAAUUCUGUGUUGCGCUGCUGUGAGUUGAUCCAUUUUUCAUAUUCCUGCAUAGCUUAAUUUGUAAUAUCUUGUUUUGUUGCCAGUAUGUUGUUAAACUGUGCCAGAGCCCAGGCUCACUGGUUUGUAUAAGUGCUGUGGUUAACUGGCCAUGUUUGUAACACUUUUAUAGCGAGAUAUUUCACACUAGCGUGAGAGCUUUAUGUGAUAAAAUGGGCUACUGCUGACCGUAUGGAUUGUUUAUACAGUAACCAAGCAUUCCAAACCACAAACAAAGCAAAUGGCGCAGCUUUUUUAUGACUAGUUGCCUAAGAAUGUUUCCCUAUUUUUGUACCAAUAAAGUAGUCAACGUUUCAGUCGUUCCGCUUGCAUGCUGGCUCAUUUGUUGCAAGACUGGCACUUUUGGGCAGCAAAUUUAUGUGCCUGUUGUGUGAGUAUGAUGCCACGGGAGAUAUCCACAAAGGUUGAAAGUGCUUCAGAGAAACAAACUGUGCACCCAAAGAAAUAAAGAAACCACACAGGAAGUUCUCGGUUCUGAGAUACAAACCCUUUACUAUCUCUUUGAAACCCUCCAAAUGACUUGUACAUAUAUUUACAAUAUUCUACAGCCGUGAGCAAAUGUACAAAGCCUUUCAAGUCGCGAGAACACACGACAAUGCACCCUCUUCAAGCCACCUUCCUCCCUCCCCACUUCUCGGUAGAGGGGGGAAAGACAGUGCACAAAGGG